CCAAAGAGGAAAUAAAAUAUAUAAUAAACGUUACACCCAAGCUUUUCUUUUCCUUUUUUCUCCCUUCGUCUUUUUUAUUUAAUUUUUAUUAUUAUUCGCCGCUAUUACGGCAAUUCCCAUGUCUUACAACUACAACAACAACAACAACAACUACGACAACAGCGCGUACCAGCAGCAGCAGGGGCAAGGGUACGCUGCUCCGCCGCCCCAGCAGCAGUACGGCGGGUACUAUGACAAUAACCAGUACCAGCCGCCACAGCACCAGCCGCCGCCGCCGCAGAGCUACCAAUACCAGCAACAGCAGCCGGAAACGUACUACCCGCCGCCACCACCGCCUGCCGAUGGCAGCGGCUACUCCGCGGGCGACUUUAAGGGUGCCAAGCAGUACAACCGCACGCCAAAGUUUCGGGACCUCUGGGCCGCACUCCUGUUCAUCGCGCACCUGGCGCUGUACAUUGUCAUGGCAGCGCUAUUUAUCCGCUCGCUGCCAUCAUCGGCGUUCAAGAACUCGGGCAACCUCAAUUUCACCAAGGACUUUUACUCAUGGCCGACAAUGAUAAUGUGGCUCAUUGUCCUGCUGACAUCUAUCGUCUUCAGCGUUAUUUACCUGGGUGUCCUGCAGAUGUUUGCAGGCCAGAUGCUUGUUAUUUCCUUCUGGUUCAGCGUGGUGGCCAUGAUCGGUACGGGAAUAUACUACUUGGCGGCAAAGAUUUGGUUUGCUGGCGGAAUCAUGCUGAUUUUCGGCAUCUUCUACGCACUCAUGUGGUUUUCCUGGAGGCGCCGCAUUCCGUUCUCCAAGCUGGUUCUCGAGACCGUCUGCCAUAUUACGCGCAAGUUUCCUUCCAUCAUCGUGGUCAGCCUGUUGUUUUUGAUUCUGCAGGCGGGAUACAGCGCCAUGUGGUCGCUUUCAUUAGCCGGCAGCUACAAGUAUAUGGCCAAGUACCAGUCGUGCUCUACGCUUACUGAUCGCAACGGGCGCCAGUACCAGAGCUGCUCCAAUGUCAAGCAGAUUCUGGCCUGGGUCUACAUGGUUUUCUCGUUCUACUGGACCAGCAGCGUCAUCCUCAAUGUCCUGCAUACCUCUAUCAGCGGCACAUUCGCCACAUUCUAUUUCUUUGAGGGCGCGCCUGGCGGAUACCCGACCAAGCACGUUAUGCUGUCUUCGUUGAAGCGCGCUUUGACAAACUCAUUUGGCAGUAUCUGCUUUGGCUCCCUCAUUGUGGCGAUCAUCCAGACGGUGCGCGCGGUGUUGAACUCUCUGCGUAACCAGGGCGGAGACAACUUUGGUGCCGAGAUUCUCAUCUGCUGCAUUGACUGUAUCCUGGGCUGCAUUGAGGGCCUGGUCGAGUUCUUCAACAAGUACGCAUACGUUGAAAUCGCCAUCUACGGCAAGCCCUUUAUGCAGGCCGGUAAGGAUACUUGGACUUUGAUUAAGGACCGCGGCGUGGACGUGCUCAUCAACGACUGCAUGAUCGGGAAUGUCCUGCAGAUGGGCGCAUUUUUGUGCGCUGCCGUGGUUGCUUUGGUCGCUUGGUUGUAUAUCACUAUAACAAAGCCGGAGUAUAACAACUCGGGCUCGUAUACUGUGCCUAUUAUUAUUGCUGCGUUUGUCAUUGCAAUGAGCAUGUUCAUGGUGCUGCUCAAGUGCAUUGACUCGGGGGCUGCCACUACGUUUGUUUGCUUGGCGGAGGAUCCUGAGGUUAUGGCGAGGAAUAAUCCGAGGUUGUUUGCGCUUGUUCGCGAAACUUACCCCCAGGUCGUUCGCGGUGUCCAUGCGCGCGACUACUAUUAAUUUCCAAUUUAAUUACAAAUAUUAAUAUUUUCCAUUUCUCGU